AUGGCCGCGAGGCGUCGACUAUCAAUUCGCUUCGUACCCAGCCGUGUCCUGCUGCGACAGCAGAGGCAGCAGCGCAUUCGGGAGGAUAAGAUCAGACACAAUCGGAUGGUCGAGGAGCACGCGCGGGCCGCGCGCCACUUUGCACUGCACGAGGUGCAUGCGCUUGGUGCGCUUCGACUUCCUUGCAGUCUCUUGGACAAGGCUGUCUUGAGCAAGGUCGACGACGGAGAUCUGCCUGACGAUGACUGCAAGGACCGAGAGCUUCAACGCUACGACCCCAACCCAUCUCGCAUCCACGUUCAAGACAUUGAAGUCAACCAGCAGUAUCGCCAGAGCCAUCAUGACGACAACGAUAGCGACGACGACGUAGACGUUGUGCCGUCUUGGUAUCUCAGCGACAGGCAGAGAUUCGAGCUCAUCGAGAGGCAACGCGAUCUGGAACACGAUCUCGAGCUCGGCCAUGCCGCUGCGUCGAGAGACGCUUUCUCUCCACGGGACUUGAAGCCGAUCAUCGAUGCGGAUCUGGUGCAACGCUUUGAGCAGGACUUAUCCGUCGCAAGAAUUUCUGCCCCUUACCGAGCUCCGUCCGAAGCUCACGAUGCCGGCACUACAUAUCGCAUGGCUUGCAUGCUCCGAGCCCUGGACGAAGAAAGCCGGCGGAUCGAAGAGACCAAGCGCACUGAAAAGCAAGACCAGAACCCCUUCAAGAAACGCAGAGGCGCUAACACCUAA